AUGAAGGUGAUCGGACUUUUGUUUUCUUUUGUUUUUUUUGCUAUAAAUUGUAAAUCUGAAACAAUAGGAGUUUAUAAUGAUCUCGUUCAUAAGUUAGAAAAAUUAGAAUCAUUAUCAAUCGAUGGGUUAGAACUAUUUCAAAAAAGUCAAGUAAUUGUAAAUUCGUCAUCAAAUACAACUAUUGACCCAUUUACAAGCAAUGAAUUUGCAUUAAAGUUACAAGAAUUUAUUGUAAAUUUUGAAGAAUUAGGAUUUACAGAACAAACAGAAUUAGUAAACUUAAUAAAAAAAUUAGGCCCAAAUAAAUAUGGACUAAAAUAUUUAAUUGAAAGUAAAGAAGAAUUUAAUGGAUUAAUGCACGCAAUAAAUUUUUACUAUGACGUGCUUAGAGAUAAAUUAAAUGAUAUGUGUGCAAAUAACUAUUGUGAAAUUCCUGAACAUCUUAAAAUCAAUGAAGAAGAAAUUGAAAUGCUUAAGAAAGUAGUCUUAGGCUAUAGAAAACCAAUCGAAAACAUUCAAGACGAUAUUGUAAAAUUAGAAGAUUACAUUAAAAGAAAUAAAUUAACUGCUGAAACCUUAAACAAUCUUAUUACUGAAGAAACAAAAAAAAUAACAAUUGAGAAUGAAGCAGAGUGCACAGAUACUACUUGCGACGAAAGUAAAUAUACCACAAAAAAACCAAUAUAUCAAGCUAUGUACAAUGUUAUAUUUUACAAAAAGCAAUUAACUGAAGUAAACAAAGUUAUCGAAGUCUUAGAAAAGAGAGUUUCUACAUUAAAGAAGAACGAAGCCAUAGUACCAUUGUUACAACAAAUUGAAGCUCUCAAGGCUCCAGCUGCCACCACUGAAGACCAAAUACCUGCAUCAGGAAGCAGCGAAGAAACAAAACAAAAUACUGGAAAUGAAAAUGCUGCAGGACAAGGUACUACAAAACAAGACGCUUCAAAACAACCUGCUACAGGACAACCUACUGCAGAACAAACUGGUACUGAACAAAAAGUUCCUACAUCAGCUGGUACUACAUCAUCUGGUACUGAACCAACUAAUGGAGAACAAACUGUUACUGAACAAACUAAUGUACCCGGAACUGCUACAAAAGUAGCUGAAGAACCAGCUUCUCCAGUUGCUCCAGCUGUUCAACCUCUUACAGACGAACAAAAAGCAGCAAAAAUAGCCGAACUUUAUGCUCAAAUUAAAGAAAUUGCAAAAACUAUAAAAUUCAACUUAGACGGAAUAUUUGUCGAUCCAAUUGAAUUAGAAUACUACAAAAAAGAAAAAAAAAAUGAAAGCUGCCAUUUAUCAGAUUCAUCUUGCCAAACAAAGAAAGCACCUGAAACUGUAAUACCAUUAAAUGUACGUUAUCCAAAUGGUAUUGGCUAUCCAUUAUCUGAAGAUGUUGUUUACGGAAAAAUUGCUCAUAAUGACGCUGAAACAACUUAUGGUGAUUUAACAAAUCUCGAUGGUACACCAAUAACAGAAGAUUUAGCCACAAAUGAAGACGCAAGAAAAAAUUUAAUGAAAGCUAUUAAAAAGAAAAUCGAAGAAAAAGAAAAAAAAUUAGUAGAAUUAAAAGCUGAUUAUGAUACUAAACUUGCAGCAUUUAAUGAACAAAAAGCUCCAUUCAAAACAGCAGCUGACGAAUUUCAUAAAACAAAAUUUAGAAAUAAAUUGACUACUGUAAUUUUUGACAACUUCAAAACAAAAAGAACUGAAUAUAUGGCCAAGAAAGCCGAAUUAGAAAAUUGUGAAUACGAAAAUGCUAAAAAAGCCAUUAAUAAAUUAAAUAAACAACUUAAUUAUUUACAAGAUUAUGAAUUAAGAAAAGAAAUAGUUAACAUUGAAAUUGAAUAUUUUUCAAGUAAAAAAUCAGAAUUACAACAUAAUAUUAAUAAAUUAUCAAGUGCUGUUCAAGCAAAACAAAAUACAUUAGCUGCAUCAAAAGAUAUUCCACUUUCAACACUUGUUGAAUUACAAAUUCAAAAAUCUUUAUUAACAAAACAAAUUGAACAAUUAAACAAAACUGAAGUAUCUUUAAAUAAAGCUCACUUAAAAGGCAAGAUAUAUGUUCCACAAACAUAUGGUAAGGAAGGAAAACCAGAACCAUACUACUUAAUAGCUAUAAAAAAAGAAAUUGACAGACUUGCCAAAUUUAUCCCUAAAAUUGAUGAUAUGAUUGAGAAAGAAAAGCAAAAAAUGGAACGCGAACAUGUAGCUACCGGAGAAUCUGAACCUGAAUCUUCAUCUUCUGGCAAUACUGCUGGAACAUCAACACAAACCCAAGAACAAACCCAAGCACAAAAUGCACAAACUACACCAGCAGCAGGAGCAGCAGCAGCCCCAGCCGCGCCAGCCGCACCAGCACCAGCAGAAAAAGCAACAGAAGCAACAACAAAAACAGAAACAGCAACAGAAGAAUCAACAGAAGAAUCAACAGAAGAAUCAACAGAAGCAUCAACAACACAAGAAGGAACUACUCCAACUUCACCAGUCUCAGAAGAAGCACAACCUACAGCAUCCGAAACACCAGCAGAGGUACCAGCACCAACCCCUGCAGCACCAGCCCCAGCAGCAGCAGAAGCAGCACCCGCAAAACCAGUUAUGACAAAAUUAUAUUAUCUUGAAAAAUUAAAGAAAUUUUUAACAUUUUCAUAUUCAUGCCAUAAAUAUGUUUUAUUACAAAACUCGACCAUAAACAAAGAUGCUUUAAGCAAAUAUGCUCUUACACCAGAAGAAGAUAAAAUAAGAACAUUAAAGAGAUGCAGUGAAUUAGAUGUAUUGUUAGCUAUUCAAAAUAAUAUGCCUACUAUGUAUUCACUUUAUGAAAGUAUAGUUGAUGGCUUACAAAACAUUUAUACUGAAUUAUAUGAAAAAGAAAUGGUGUAUCAUAUAUAUAACUUAAAAGAUACAAACCCAGCUAUUAAAGCUUUAUUAGUAAAAUCUGGCGUCAUUGAACCAGAACCAGUAGCCCCAACACCAGUAGUACCAGCAGUACCAGAAACUACACCAGUAACAUCAGAAACUACACAAGUAACAUCAGAAACUACAUCAGUACAAGAAACACCAGUACAACAACCAUCUGAAACAACAACACCAGAUGCACCAAAAGCACAAGAAGCACAAGAAACACAAAAAGCAGCAUCACCAGAAGGAUCAGAUACAAAUGCAUCAAAAGCACCAGAAGUCCCAUCCGCACCCGCACCAGCACCAGCACAACCAGCAUCACCACAAUCAUCAUCAACACAACCAGCAAACACUGAUGCAAGUACUAAAGUACGCGCAGAAAGUGAAGAUGAAAUGUUUGUCGAUGAUUUUGAAUUAGACAAUUUUUACAAAUCAUACUUACAACAAGUUGAUGGAAAUAAUACUCAAUUCAUAAACUUUAUAAAAUCUAAAAAAGAAUUAAUAAAAGAAUUGAACCCUGAAAAAGUAAACCAAUUAUAUCUUGAUAUUGCACACUUAAAAGAAUUAUUAGAACAUUACUAUAAUCGUUAUUAUAAAUAUAAAUUAAAAUUAGAAAGAUUAUAUCAAAAACAUGAACAAAUUGCAGCAGCUAAUCAAAAAGUUAAAGAAGUUAGCAUAUUAAAAGCACGAUUAUUAAGAAGAAAAAGAUAUAUUAAUGGUACAUUUUAUGUAUUACCAGGUUUUGUAAAUUUCUUUAACAAGAGAAGAGAAGCUGAAAAGCAAUACGUAGAUAACGCAAUAAAAAAUACUGAUAUGUUAUUGAAAUAUUACAAAGCUCGUAGUAAAUAUUUUACUUCUGAAGCUGUUCCUUUAAAAACAUUAACUAAAACAUCAAUUGACAGAGAAGCCAACUACUUGAAAAUUGAAAAAUUCAGAGCAUACACCCGAUUAGAAUUAAGAUUAAAGAAAAAUAUUAACUUAGGAAAAGAAAGAAUUUCAUAUGUAUCUGGUGGUUUACACCGUGUAUUUGAAGAAUUUAAAGAACUUUUAGAAAAUAAAAAUUACACCGGAAAAUCUAACUCUGAAAAUGCUCCUGAAGUUUUCAAGGCAUUCGAACAAUAUAAAGAAUUACUUCCAAAGGGAGUAACAAUUCCAGCUCCAGCAGUUACACCUGUAGUCACCCCUCCAGUCACACCUGUACCUACACCAGCCGCAGAUACAGCAACAAACCCACCAGCUAAUGCAACAACAACCCCAUCAGCUGAUGUACCAGCGUCCACAGUACAAUCAGGAGAAGGAGAAAGCGCUACACAAGUACAAGGAAGCAGUGAUAAUGAUGAUGAUGAUAUGGAUCAAAUUGGAAGUGCUCAAUCCACAGAUGUACAAGGAACAGAGACACAAGAAAAAGAUAUUCUUGAGGCAUUUAAAAAUGAAGGUGAAUAUAUAUACACAAAGAGCUUAGGUAAUACAUAUAAAUCAUUUAAAAAACACAUGUUAAAAGAAUUUACAUUAAUUACAGAAGACAUAAUAAAUGGAUUAAACUAUAAAUUAGAAAAAAGAAAUGAUUUCCUUGAUGUAUUAAGCUAUGAAUUAGUUUUAUUCAAAGAUGUAAAUACCAACAAAUUUGUUGUUAAAAACCCAUACCAAUUAUUAGACAAUGAUAAGAAAGACAAACAAAUGGUAAAUUUAAAAUAUGCCAUUAAAGGUGUAAGUGACGAUAUAGAAACUGUUACUGACGGAAUUGCAUUCUUUAACAAAAUGAUUGAAUUAUACAAACCUCAAUUGAACGCAGUAAAAGAACAAAUUGCUGCCCUAGGAAAUGAAGCUACCGAUGCUGAGAAAAAGAAAUACGUUCCAAUCUUUGAAGAUCUUAAAGAGUUGUAUGAAACCAUAUUGGAAGGAGCAACAGAAUUUUCAGAAUUAUUACAACAAAAACUUGAAAAAUACAAAAUUGAAAAAGCUGGAUUUGAUAUUUUAAUGGGAAAUUUAGAAACAUACAUAAAAAUUGAUGAAAAACUUGAAGACUUCAUAGAAAAUGCAGAAAAAAAUAAACACAUUGCCUCAGUAGCUUUAAGUAACUUAAAUAGAUCUGGUUUGAUAACUGAAGAUGAAUCAAUGAAAAUAUUAGCAAGAAUGUUUAACAUGGAUUUAUUAGAUGUAAAUGACAAUCAUGUAUGUGUUAAUACACAAAAUAUUCCAGAAUUUGGUAGAUGUUUUAAAUAUGAUAAUGGUCAAGAGGAAUGGAAAUGUAUGUUAGGUUACAAAAAAAAUAAUGAUAAGUGUGAAAAAGUUGAAAAUCCUACCUGUACUGAAGACAAUGGUGGAUGUUAUUCAAAGGCUGAAUGUAAAGAGACGAACGAUCCCAAAAAAAUUGUAUGUACUUGUUUAGACCCAACUCCUAAUCCAUAUUAUGAUGGUAUAUUCUGUAGUUCUUCUGGAUUUAUGGGAUUGUCAAUUAUAUUGAUCAUCACAUUAAUUGUAUUUAAUUUAUUUUAA